UCACUGGACCGUUACAGUCGCAAUGGCCGCCCGGAAGAGGAGCCUCCUCCAGGGCGCUAACGGGUCUCCGGACGUCCCGCUGCCGUCCUGCAAGAAGCCCACCCGGGGGGACAGCCGGGGGGACACCCGGGGGGACAGUGGGGGGGCCAGACAGAGACAUGUGGCCGCGCUGGUCCUGUCCCGGGGCGGAAGCAAGGGGAUCCACCUGAAGAACAUCAAGACCCUGGCCGGGGUCCCGCUGCUCAGCUGGGUGCUGCGAGCCGCCGGGGACUCCGCGAUGUUCCACAGUGUGUGGGUGUCGACGGACCACGACGAGAUCGAGAAAGUGGCAAAGUCCUGGGGAGCGAAGGUUCAUCGCCGGAGUCCUGAAGUCUCCAGAGACUCGUCCACGUCCUUGGAAACCAUCCAGGAGUUCAUGAGGCAGAACCCAGAGGUGGAUGUGAUCUGCAACAUCCAGGCUACGUCCCCUUGUCUCCACCCGUUCCACGUGAAGGAGGCGCUGGAGAUGAUCACGCAGCAGGGCUACGACUCCGUCUUCUCCGUGGUCCGGAGACACAUGUUCCGCUGGCAGGAGGUCAAGAAGGAAUCCGGGGAGUUGACCAAGCCGCUCAACCUGGACCCGGCCAACCGGCCUCGGCGUCAGGACUGGAACGGAGAGCUGUGUGAGAACGGCUCCUUGUAUUUCACCACGAGAGACCAGAUCAUGAAGGACGGACUUCUCCAGGGCGGGAAGGUGGGCUACUACGAGAUGCUGCCGGAGUACAGCGUGGACAUCGACGUGGACAUCGACUGGCCUGUGGCGGAGCAGCGAGUUCUCAGGUAUGGUUACUUUGGGCGAGUCACGCCGGAGGUGGUGAGGCUGAUGUUCUGCAACGUGUCCGGGUGUUUAACCGAAGGGAGGAUCUUUCUGUCGGUGUCCGGAGAGGAGAUGGUGUCGAUUAACACCAGAGACACCGUCGGCAUCCGGAUGCUCCAGAAGGAGGAAGUGGAGGUGGUGCUGCUGAUGUCCAGCGAGGACCCCGUGACCCAGAAGCUGGUGGACCAGUUGUCCGAGAGGACCGGCUGCAAAGUCCUCCAGGUGGGAGAGGAGCCGCUGAACGAUCUGAAAGUGAUGGUGGAGCAGAGGAAGCUGGAGUGGAAGGACGUGGCGUACAUGGGUAACGACAAAGCAGACGUCAACUGUCUGAACCUGGCGGGUUUGAGUGCAGUACCCGGAAACGCCCCCACGGUGGCGAUCAACGCUGCGAAGUACACCUGCCACGCGGCGGGGGGGAUGGGGUCCGUGCGGGAGUUCGCCGAACACAUUCUCCUUCAGAGAGAAAAAGCAAAGUCGAAGAUGGAGCAGGAUCGACUGGACUGCAUCAACAAAUGAGAAGUUUAAAAUCACUUAGUACUGAAAGGUUCAAGUGAUAAGGGUCAGUGCAGCUUAGGCACAUUGAAUAGAAGUAAUCAAACGAUACGCAUGAUAAGUAUUAAGAUAAUGUAUAAAAUGGAUAUCUAAUUUUAGAGUAGGAGUGACAGUUACAGAGUUCAUAAAAACAUUUAGGUCAAGUCUCAAUGAAAACUUUCCGGCUCUUUUACGUACUUAACGUUCCAAAGUAAUUUAAGUAAAACUGUGAAUAUUGCAACGGACUAAAAAAGAUAAUUCAUAACUUUAUUGUCGUAGUCGGAGAUACUGAACUCAGAUGCAAUCACCAGGAUCACCACAUCACCAAAAUCUAAAACACACUAGACUGAAAACAGAACAAAACACUAAACAUGAAUAAAGUUUAGGUUUGUUAGUUGUGAAAAAAGUGUAAAACAGAAAGAAAGACUUUGUAAAAUGUGGAUUUUCCUGAAACUUAAAUUCCUCAGGUCACUGUUGGGGUUGAGUUACUAAAGAUACAGCUUCUACGUAUUUUAAAAUAACCUGUUACUUAACGAGCUUUAUGCUAGCACGCUCCUUCUGUUACCCUCUUUAAACUGGAGCUAGCUCUCUGAAGCUUGUCAUAUGUUACACAAACAAACACGUAAGAAGUGUUUUCCUUUUUCAUAUCAAAGAAGUUGUUUCACUAAAACAUCCGACUUGUAAGAAAGAUUUCUGAUUAGUUUGUAACAUCCGGAGAGAAAAAUCUGAUUUCUAUUUAGAUGAACUCGUUGGAUGCUCGUCCAGCAUUUGCACUUUUAUCCAGUCAGUGAAAUAAUAAUAAUAAUAAUAUAUGUGCCUCUAUGUUCAUGUUACUUCUCCGUUGACUUCAAUCUGCUCACAAGGGGCUCGGAUGAUGCUGUGGUUUUGCUUGUCAUGUGAUUCAUGUGCUUCUAUGUCACUCUUUCUCAUUUAAUGACAGAAUAAUUCAAGGGAUUUUCCUUUUUUGUGUGAAUAAUUUUCAGUGAAGUUGAAAAAUGAAAAAAGGAUUUAAAGUC